UCUAAGGACACAAUGAUGCUGAAAGCCAGAAGUGGGGCUUGAACCAACAACCCUUCGGUUGAAGGGGUAAACCUCAACCGAAGCAAGACCAAUGCCACAAUUGCCUACUUUUACCAGUGGCAAUAGUGUGAAAAAAGAUGAGCACAACUGUUUUAUGUCUUUCUAUCAGUGGCUAGAGGUGACUAGAUUUAUGCUAAACUGCAAUGUUUCUGGUCUUGCUUAUUUUGCCAGUUAGAAUUAUGCUUCAUUUCAUAGAAAGCACUAAACUAUUUUGAUUGGUUUUUGCGUAUCAAAUUUGUUAAAAUCUACAAAGUAGCUCAUGUGUUUGUUAACUUUUCUGUUUGUAGUUCACUUGUAAAAGGAAGCAGAUCUCCAGCUCUCAGCAAUCUGUCCAUGAGGAGCGAUCGAUCCAUAGAGGCAGUGCCUGAUUUUGCUGGUGAAACAGCUCCAAGCCAACCAAAGCAAUGUUCAGUCUGUAAAGAGGCUUUAAUAGCUGGAGAGUCGUGUCAGUCGUCUUCAACAUCUGAUGAAUUUUGUCCAAAGUGCCAAAAAACAACUCCAGAAACACAUGGUGAAGGACUCGAUUUAAAACUGAAGAAGAAACUUCAAAAAGAAAUGCAAAGGAAAUUCUCAGUUACAGCUGAGGGCAAUGGUGACCCAAACAUUUCACUGAAAAGUAUUUACACAACUCUCUACGUGACCAAAGGAGAGAGUCUUUCUGAUGAGCAUGAGUUUAGACACCUGAAAGGCACUCUUAAAAAGCAGUCCUCAGAAGAUUCCUCAGUGAACCUAACGGAAAUGUUUAAAUCUUUAGCGGACCAAGGGAAACCCCACAGAACGGUCCUGACAAAGGGAGUUGCAGGCAUUGGGAAAUCAUUUGCUGUUCAGAAGUUCAUAGUUGACUGGGCUGAGGAGGAAGCAAACCAACACAUUGACUUUGUUUUUUGUCUUGCUUUUCGAGAAUUGAACCUUGUUAGGAAGGAAAAAAGCCUCAAUGAGCUUCUGAGUGAUUUUCAUCCAGCUCUUCAAUCUCUGGAAGAUCCUCCAGAUUAUACUAAAGCAAAGAUAGUAAUAAUCCUUGAUGGUCUGGAUGAAAGCCGACUGAAGUUUAACUUUGAGAACAAUAAGACAGUGUUGUCUCUGUCAGAUGUAACAUCUGUAGAUAACCUGCUUGUAAACCUUAUCCAGGGUAACCUCCUUCCUGAGGCAAGCAUCUGGAUAACGUCCCGUCCAGCAGCAGCCAGUCAGAUACCUGCAGAGUACAUUGAUUUGGUGACAGAAAUAAGAGGGUUUACCGAUGAUCAGAAAGUGGAAUAUUUCCAAAGGAGAUUUGGUGAUGAUUUGGGUUUUGCUGCGAGGAUAAUAUCACAUAUUCAGUCCUCUCAGUGUCUGGAUAUCAUGUGCCAGAUUCCGAUCUUCUGCUGGCUUUGUUCGGUCUUAUUCUCAGAGGUCUUUGGUGGAGAUGAGAAAGCUGAAAUCCCUCAGACUCUGACAGAGACGAUGGCACGUUUUGUUUUUGCCCAAACAAAACGUAGAAGCAGAAAAUAUGAUAAGAAGAGUAAGACCCACAUGGAGAAGCUUCUGCAGACGCACAAAGAGUUUCUUUUAAAACUUGGGAGGCUUGCAUUUUUCCAACUUCUAGAUAAUAAUCUAAUAUUUUAUGAGGAAGACCUGAGAGACAAUGGAAUCGACACAGAAGAAGCUUCUAUCUAUUCUGGUUUUUGCAACACGGUUCUCAGAGAAGAAAAAGUUUUCUACCAGAGAAAGAUCUUUUUCUUUGUGCAUCUGACCCUCCAAGAGUUCUUUGCUGCACUGUAUGUCUAUGAAUGUUUCACAACCAAGAACACCAAAGAGCUUGUAGAAUUCCUUAAGUUGGAGGAAAAAGAUUAUGCUUUAGCUGACCUUAUAAAGAUGACUGUUGACAAAGUUCUUAAAAAGAAGAAUGGUCACUUGGACUUUUUCAUGCGGUUCUUACUUGGCCUGAUGAUUGAACCCAACCGAAGACCUCUUCAGGGCAUGUUGACAUCUGUUGACCCAAAUGAAGAUGCAGACAAGAAAGUCUUAACUUACCUGAGAUCUCUCCGAAGAAAGAACCUGUCUCCAGAUAGCUGCAUCAAUAUCUUCCAGGCUUUGGUUGAGAUGAGAGAUCAUAAACUCAAAGAUGAGAUCCAAGAAUAUCUUCAACUGGACAAUCGUUCAAAGAAAGAGUUGACUCCCCUACAUUGCUCUGCCCUGGCCUACAUGCUGCAGGUGUCCAAGAAUGAACUGGAGGAGUUGGACCUAAAAAGUUACAACACAACAGAUGAAGGCAGAAGGAGGCUCAUACCAGCAGUGAGGAGCAGCAAAAAGGCUGUUUUAAAAGACUGCAAGGUGACUGCAGAGUGGAUUGAACACCUGGUCUUUGGUUUAAAGUUCCCAUUUUCCCCGCUCCGAGAUCUCGACCUGAGCAACAAUGAUUUGAUGGAUUCAGGUGUGAAGUUACUCUGUGGCGGGCUGUCGAGUCCCUGCUGCAAACUCCAAGUAUUAAGGUUAUCUGGCUGCUGUAUCACAUGGACGGGGUGUGAAUAUCUGGUCUCAGCUCUCAAGUCCAACCCCUCCCACCUGGUGGAACUGGACCUAAGCUACAACCAUCUGGGGGAAACAGGAAUCAAGCUAAUUUCUGAGCAAUUUAAACAACAAAAACUCAAUUUUAAACAUGAUGGAAGUAAUCGGACGAAACCAGGAUUCUUAAAGUAUGCCUGCAAACUUACUCUGGACUCCAAAACUGCACACAAGAAUCUGCUUCUAUCUGACGGGAACAGAAAGGUGACCUGGGUAGAGAAAGAGCAGCCCUAUCCUGAUCACAAAGAAAGGUUUGAGCACUUCGCUCAGGUCCUGUGUGAACAGGGCCUACAGGAGCGCUGCUACUUUGAGGUGGAGGUGGUGGAGCCCUGCACUGUUGGCCUAGCAUACAAAAGCAUCAACAGAAAAGGAAACACAGUGGACCACAGGUUUGGGAUGAAUGAAAAGUCCUGGUCCCAGAGUUUAUCAGGACAUGGUUCCUACAUAUGGCAUAAAAACAAUGGUAUAUUUGUCUCCUCUUUGCGCUGCUCUCGUGUUGGAGUGUACCUGGAUUAUGAGGCUGGCAGCAUAUCUUUCUACAAAGUUUCUAAUGACAGCCGCAGUCGUCUUCACACCUACAAAGAUCUGAGGUUCAGUGAGGCCCUCUAUCCCGCUGUUGAACUUCAUCCUCAUUCUUCUGCUUUUUUUUGUAAGCUAACAUUACAUAAGGAAAGUGCAAAGCACAGAGGGAGGAGAUGGACGAGUUUCUUUAAUCUUAGGGCUGUAAUAUUCCAAAGUAAGAAUUGGAUCUUCCCUUAUAUCCAAUAUUACAACUAAAAAAGAUCCUAUAUUUUUAGAUAAUAAAAAAUAUAUUUAGAAAAAAAAAACCUCCUGUAUUGUAACAAUUAAAAACUGACCUGCUUUGACCCCAAAGGGAGACUCCCAUCCCUGUGAGUUUGUUUAUUCUUCUGUAGAUGCAUUGCUGUAUGUAAAUAGUUCAUGAUUAAACAGAGUUUUGAUU